GGCAGGGCGAGGCGGGGCGGGGCGGUCCGGCCCGGCCCGAUCACCUCAGCGGGAGCGGCCGCCGCAGGUGCCUGCAAACCCCGGUGAGUCCCCGGAGGGCGGGCGGGCUCCCUCACCUCCGCCGCGGGGAGUCGGAAUAGGAGAAGGAGGCGGCGGCGGCGGCGGCUCCACCACCACCUGUGGCGGCGGGAUGGCGGAGCUCGACAUCAGCCCGGCAGCCGUGCUGGGUUUCCUGCGGGAGCGCGGCGGCUGGGUGCGCAACACCGAGCUGGUGAGCACCUUCCGGCCGCUGCUGGAGGCCGGCGGGGAGGCGGCGGAGCGGGCGGAGCGGCGGGAGCGCUUCAAGGCGGCGGUGAACGCGGUGGCGGUGGUGAAGGAGCGGGACGGCGCCAAGGUGGUCGUCCUGAGGCGGCAGCUGCGCACCGCCCCGGCGCCAGGGGGCGCCACGCCGCCGGGGGGCGCGCUGGCAGCGGAGGAAAAUGGCGGCGCCCCCGUCGCUGUCCCCGUCCCCAGCGGGCGGCUGUCGCCGGUGCCCCCCGAGGAGCUGCCGUCGCCGCGGGCCGUCUCCGAGCUGCGGGAUCUCUUCCAGGGCGGCGGCGGCGGGGUGCCCCUGCCCGCCGGUGCGGGUGGGUCCAGGCGGGAGCCGCUCCCCAAGCCCUGCAUGCUGCCCGUGCGCUGCGUGCCGCCCCCUGCCGCUGCCGCCACCACCACCACCCCGGGGCCACCUGAGGAGCCGGCAUCCCCCUUGUCGCCCCCAGAGGAGGAGGUUGGGUCCCGCUCACCUGGCCUGCGGCGGGGGCCCAAGGCCCAUCGGGCCAGUGAGGAGACAGCAGCGGCGGCGGUGCCGCUGGAGGAGGCCGAGCACCAGUGGCUGGUGAUGGCAGCUGGCGGGCAGUGGACCCAGCAGCUCCACGGGCUGCUGCUGGGCGACGCCAGCUUGGCGGCCCGCAGGGACUUCAUCUCGGGCUUCACCGCCCUGCACUGGGCUGCCAAGAGCGGCAACUGUGACAUGGUGACAAAUAUCAUCAGAGCGGCCGAGAAAGGGGGGACUCGUGUCAAUGUGGACGCCAGGUCGCAUGGCGGCUACACGGCGCUCCACCUGGCUGCCAUACACGGCCAGGAGAAGAUCAUCACCAUGCUGGUCUACAGCUACCACGCCAAGACCGACCUGAGGGACUACAGUGGGAAGAAGCCGCACCAGUACUUAAAGGAAGGGGCGUCCUCUGCAGUCAGGCGCUUGCUGGGGGACCCCAGCCUUUCCCACAGUGCGGAGCCCUCCGUGCCCAUCAAGAAGACCACAAAGCUUGCGGCUUCAAUCUUGAGCUCCACUAGCACGUUUCUGGGGGUCAUAUCCGAUGACAUGGCUUUCUACGAUCUCACCAAAGGUUUAAGGAAGCCCUCUUCUUUAAACAAGCUCCUGGCUGCCACUACGGGCCCAAGGCGGAAGCCAAAGACCAGAGGGGGCUUCCCUUCAUAUUCCUCCCUCUCCGAGGUAACAGAGGAGGAGGAAGAGGAGGUCGUUGUGAAACGCAGACCCGUUUCUGAGCUUUUCUUUGGCCACUAACCUCUGCCUUCUUGGGAUCAAAAUUGUUUAAUAAUGUGACUGGGGUCUGGAUUUUUCUCUCACAGAAGCAGCUUGGAUUUCUUCUCUCCAUGUCUGUCUUUUUGGAUGUUCAAUUAAAUCAGUGAUAAGAGGCUGGCUCCAAAGGCCGCUGGAUGAAACCCAGCUCACAGACACCUGUGGAAAGGGAGUGUUACAACUGCUGUAUGUACCAUCAUGCUGCUGUGGCUGUGUUGGUGGAGACUGCAGACUUUAAUGGUUGAAAAACUAAAACAACCUCUGUGUGUGUAGACAGGUUAAAAUGCUUAAGGUACUGCCUUCUUGAUCUGUGUUCCUUGGAUGGAGAGCAAAAGUAAGGUAAAGAAUGGCAUAUCCUACACUGUGAAUAGCAAGCUGGUAGCUGGCUACUUUAACAUGGCUUGUUAUAUAGCAGGCUUAAAUUAUUAGAAGCAAGAUUCAUAGUUUUCUAUGAUGUUUCUGAUUAUUUUGGUAACAGAAGAGGAAUAUUUCUAUUUAAAAAAAAUUGUGUACUUUUUCAAAACAAAGCUUGUCACUAUCAGAAAUACUAACAUAACAAUCUCAACUGUAGCCUAAAGCAUUUUAUUAGAUGAACAGGUUUAAAAAAAAAUAAAACCCCAACCGUCAGCACUCAAGUCACCGUGACCUGUCUACCUCAGUUUCAAAGCUAGGUUAGCAUUUUAAAUUUUUUUUCCUCUUCCUGAAAGACUUUUUGUCCAGGUGUGACUAGCCACAUGUCUUGAUGAUACUGUGAACAUUUAAACUUGACUGUAGUUCAAUCACUUAAUCUGAAUAAAAGCCUUGGUGGUGUCUGACAGUGAAAAACUGAACUGAAAACCUGGGAACUGGAUCCUGCAGAGUUUCCAAGUAGCCAACUGGAAACAAAGUUGGGCUUGUAUGUCUGAUUCUUUUUAUUUAAAACUUGGCCUUUGAUUUUGACCUGUUUACAAUAAAUAUUUAUAAAAAUUGGGCUUUAUGUUAUGUUAGGUGCUUCAUGAUAGAAUGUCUGCAUGACUUCUUAAAGCAAUGUUUAUCUCAACAGCAUGAAUCACUGACCUAAAACUAACUCUUCUUCUUUUAUAUUAUAAACAUAAUUGUUCUAUAUAUAGAACUACACGUAGCUCCAGAAAGCAUGCUAACUGCAGGUUAAGUAAUACAUUUGCAGUGAGAUUAACCAAUAGUAAUUAAAAAAAUAAUGAUGUGAAGAGGCAGAGCUAAGAAGAGAAACUGUCCAAUUCCUGGGGCCAGUCUGGUAAACCAUCACGUUUUCUCUAAAAAUGUAACAAAACCACCUGUAUCAUUCAGAGGUGAGGAAGGUGAUGGCAAUACUGCCCUUGCUCUGCUUUUCAGCACUGUCAGGUGUUUUGGUUUCCGUACUCAAACACUUGUUUGCAUGCUUUGCCUUUCUUUCCAAGCCAGUGACUUCAGGAAUGUGUUUUUUUCAGCCUUGAAUUAAGCCUAGUACUUCUAAUUGGCUGUAAUUGGCUUCUCCCAAAUGCUGGGCAAGGAAUGCCGUAGGACUGUGCUGAAGGGGGAAGCACUGCCCUCUUUUACUUUAAAACGUUCUCCUUGGAGUUGGUGACAUUUGCUCGAGCAUCAUCAGCGAUUGCAGAGGGGUCUGCUCCGCCCGCUCUCAGAAGAGAGUGGAUUAUUCUGCACCGGGCUGCUUCCGUAUUGAACUAAUUAAGUUGUUAAGCAAACGUUAAUGAUCAAGCGCCUCAUGACUUCUAUAUCUGGAGUAGGGUUUAAAAAAAAAAUCCUAUUUGCUCCCUCGCUGUUGGUGUGACCAUUGACCAGCAUGGUCAUUUGAAACCCUGAUUUGUGCUGCACUGCGUCAGCAUGCAGAGUUCCAGGAAAAAAAAAUUUGUUGCUCUGUUUUAAAAAGUCUUUCCAAGUUUAUUGACAUUAAAUACUUUUUUCUGUAUUUUCUGAAACCAGGGGAGCCUGUGUGUGUGUGUGUUACAUCUGAGGCACUGGCAGGACUGACAUUGCCUGGUAAAAGCGUUCGGUUUCUGUGUGAAUUGGAAACACUCUCCAGUUUGACUUGGCCUUAUUGGGAAGUUUGUUCAUUAGUUAUGGAUACGAGCUUGAUACCUGUUCAAGUCACUUAGCUGAAUUUUUAGUGAUAAUUCUGAGUAAAACCUACGUGAGUCAGAGGUAAGGUUCCAAGAUGGAGUGUUUUCUGUUUAAGAAAAAAGCGAACGAACCAACCAACCAACCUAUAAAGUGCAGUUCUGACUUCACCGUAAGGGAAGCAGGGAGAAGGUCUCAUUGCUCUUGUAUUGUUGUGUCAAAGGAAAAACAAGAAGUCACGGCUGAGAUAAGACUUGGUUGCAACACGUAUCAUCAAGGAAGUUCUCUGCUACUCCUUCCUCAGAGGCAUCACAGCCACGAGCUAGAAAAAUGCCUGGCAACAAC